AAGAGGACUGUGAGAAAGUCUGAUUGACUCGCAGUGGAGAGAGGUGUGGCAGUGUUGUUGGUAGCAAUGUCGAAGCUCAUCUUCAUCUUCUUCGCUUUCAUUCCUCUUCUUUGCACUUCCUUCACCCCAGAGCGGCCCUCAGAUCGGCGCGUCCUCGUUUUGCUCGAUGACUUCGCCGUCAAAUCCUCACACUCUCUCUUCUUCAACUCCCUCAAAUCUCGAGGCUUCGAUCUCCAUUUCCAUCUUGCUGAUGACCCCAAAAUUGCGCUUCAGAGAUACGGCCAGUAUCUCUACGAUGCCCUAAUUCUCUUUUCCCCCACCGUUGAACGUUUUGGAGGAUCCAUUGAUGCUGCAGCAAUUUUGGAUUUUGUUGAUUCGGGUCAUGAUUUGAUUGUUGCUGCUGAUAGCAAUGCUUCUGAUUUAAUCAGGGAAAUCGCCACCGAGUGUGGAGUGGACUUCGAUGAGGAUCUGGCUGCCAUGGUUGUGGAUCAUUCAGGAUAUGCCGUAUCUGCUACUGAAGGGGAUCAUACGUUGAUUGCUAGUGAUGAUUUUAUCAAGUCUGACGUGAUAUUGGGAAGCAAAAAGAUUGAGGCUCCAGUACUUUUCCAAGGGAUUGGGCAUUCACUAAAUCCUACCAAUAGGCUGGUGUUGAAAGCUCUCUCUGCAUCUCCUUCAGCCUUUUCUGCUAACCCAAAAUCUAAACUGACAAGUCCUCCAUCACUCACUGGAUCUUCGAUCUCUUUAGUUUCAGUUAUACAGGCAAGAAAUAAUGCCCGGAUAUUGGUAUCUGGCUCAUUGAGCAUGUUCAGCAACCGAUUUUUCAGGUCAGGUGUGCAGAAGGCUGGGAGUCCAACCAAACAUGAAAAGUCAGGUAAUGAGCAGUUCUUUACUGAACUUAGCAAAUGGGUUUUCCAUGAAAGAGGUCACCUCAAGGCAUUGCAGUUGCAACAUCACAAAGUUGGGGAAGCUAGUGAACCAGCCAUCUAUAGGAUCAAUGAUGAUUUGGAAUUCUCUGUUGAAAUUUUCGAGUGGUCUGGGACAUCUUGGGAGCCUUACGUAGCUGAUGAUGUUCAAGUGCAAUUUUACAUGAUGAGCCCCUAUGUCUUGAAGACUUUAUCAACUAAUGGGAAGGGCCGUUAUUUCACAUCAUUUAAGGUUCCAGAUGUCUAUGGUGUUUUCCAAUUUAAAGUUGAGUACGAAAAACUAGGAUAUACAAGCUUAUCUCUAUCAAAGCAGAUUCCUGUUCGCCCCUUCAGACACAAUGAAUAUGAAAGAUUUAUACCAGCAGCUUAUCCCUAUUACGGAGCAGCAUUUUCGAUGAUGGCAGGUUUCUUCAUCUUCACUGCCGUUCAUCUAUACAACAAGUAGAUGUGAACCUUUGCUUGAAGAUACACUUUAGUCUGUAGUACGGACCUAUUUUGAGUUCGAAAAUUUUGAUUAGGCAUAUAAACAUAUGGUUUCUAAUUUAUGAUAGAUGCGUUACUUUCUUAAA